AUGUCUACGCAAGACAUUCAACCAAAUAAAUUCAGUGAGUUACGCAGUAUCUUUAAAUACCACAUCGAUUCAUAUAAUGCAUUGUAUCAGUUGAAAACAAAAAAUAAAGAUGAAUUAAACUCAAUUUACAAACUUAUCAAAACAAAUUUGAUUGAUUCAAAGAAAUAUCUUCCCCAAAAUAUUAUAAAAGACAUAUUUGAUAUCAUUCAGUAUAAUAAUCGCUAUUCAAAAUCAUAUUUAACUCUUAUCAAACUCAUAUAUGAUGAUUAUCAAGUGAAAGAGGUCAAUAAUAUUGAUGUUGUUUCAAAUUACCUGUUUUAUAAAGAAUAUGGAAUUAUAUUAAACAAUGAUUUCGAAAGAAACAUAUCAGAAAAUCUCGAGAUUCUUUCAGCAAGCGAAAUUUACAGAGCAAUUAUGGAUAAUGAUCUCGAAAAUUUCAUUGUUAUCACUGAAAGAGAUGGAUUUGAUAAAGAUCAAAAAAUCGAAGACUAUGAUGUAGCAUAUUCAUUGCUUGAGUUUUGUUGUUAUCAUAGCGCUGUUGAUUGUUUCAAGUUUUUGAGAACAAAAUUUAACUCAGAAAUAACUGAAACAUGUUUAGAAUUAUCAUUUUUAGGAGGAAAUCCAGAUAUCAUGAGUGAAUGUUUAAAAUAUCAAAUUCCAUUUCAAGGAUGCAUGAAAAAUGCAAUAAUUUCUCACAACAUUGAUUUUGUUACAUUUUUGAUGAAUGAACACAAACUAGAGAUCUAUCCUACUGAAUGUGGAGAGUAUAAUAAUCUUGAAGCAUUUUUAGUUUUUUUCGAUCAGAAAAAUAACAGUAACGAAUGCUUUAUUAAUUCAGCAAGGUUCAAUAUUCCAUCCCUUUGCGAAUAUUUCCUUUUGCAUGGAGCAAAUAUCAAUUAUCUAGAUGAUGAAAGAACAAAUGCACUUCAUCAUGCGGUAUAUUAUAAUUGUUAUGAAACAGUGGAAUUUCUUAUUUCGCUUGGUGUAAGUAUCAAUGAAAAAGAUAAAGAUGGAAGAACCGCACUUCAUUUAGCAGCAUAUUUUAAUAGUAAAGAAACAAUGGAACUACUUAUUUCACAUGGUGCAAAUAUCAAUGAAAAAGAUAAAGAUGGAAGAACAUCUCUUCAUUACGCAGCGCAUAAUAAACAUAAAGAAGCAUCCGAACUUCUUAUUUCACAUGGUGCAAAUAUCAAUGAAAAAGAUAAAGAUGGAAGAACCGUACUCUAUUAUGCAACAAUUAAUAAUAGUAAAGAAACAAUAGAACUUCUUAUUUCACAUAGUGCAAAUAUCAAUGAAAAAGAUAAAGAUGGAAGAACCGUACUCUAUUAUGCAACAAUUAAUAAUAGUAAAGAAACAAUAGAACUUCUUAUUUCACAUAGUGAGUAG